AUGCGAGGUGCAGUGCGUCGCUAUCACGUGCGCCCUCGUAGAUGUGCGGUGCCUGUGUCGAUGCGAGGUGCAGUGCGUCGCUAUCACGUGCGCCCUCGUAGAUGUGCGGUGCCUGUGUCGAUGCGAGGUGCAGUGCGUCGCUAUCACGUGCGCCCUCGUAGAUGUGCGGUGCCUGUGUCGAUGCGAGGUGCAGUGCGUCGCUAUCACGUGCGCCCUCGUAGAUGUGCGGUGCCUGUGUCGAUGCGAGGUGCAGUGCGUCGCUAUCACGUGCGCCCUCGUAGAUGUGCGGUGCCUGUGUCGAUGCGAGGUGCAGUGCGUCGCUAUCACGUGCGCCCUCGUAGAUGUGCGGUGCCUGUGUCGAUGCGAGGUGCAGUGCGUCGCUAUCACGUGCGCCCUCGUAGAUGUGCGGUGCCUGUCUCGAGGGCUUCGGCGCGGCGCGUCGGUCGUGGGCGAGGAGCUGCGGACGGUGCAGUGGACUCGUGCUUACGUGGAGCAGGGAACGGAGGCAGGGGCGCCGACUGGGGGCACUUGGUACUCAGCGCGCAGGGCAGGACGACAGCAUCAGCCACAUGUGGAUUGUCUAUCACUACGCCGGAGAGAGAGAGGGGGGAGUGCAGUCGACACUGGCCGCGACUGAAUCGCCGUCGAUCGCGCUCGCGGCACACACAAGCUUCGGCGCGGGAGGCAGGGAUCAUCGCCGACACUAGCCCCGUCGCCCGUCGCCUGUCGCCCGUCGCCCGUCGCCCGUAG